UUCCGCGGUCCGCGCCAGCGCCUGGGCCUGUGCUCUGGCCCCGGAACCCUGAAAAAAACAUCUAUUCCUGUGCCUGGCCAGAGGUAUAGGGAGAGACAGAUUUGACGCCAAGGCCUGAGAAGCACCAAGGCCCGCUGGGAACAAUGGCCACCACCCCUGGCCUCCAACCCCUGCCACCACUGGAGCAGGACCUGGAGCAGGAUGAGAUCCUGAUCGUGAAGGUGGAGGAAGAUUUCUGGGAAGAGGAGCCCUCUCUGGAGACAGAAGACCCCAGCCCCGAGACUUUCCGCCAGCUCUUCCGGCUCUUCUGCUACCAGGAGGUAGCUGGACCCCGGGAGGCCCUGAGCCGGCUCUGGGGGCUCUGCUGCCGCUGGCUGCGGCCGGAGCUGCGCACCAAGGAGCAGAUUCUGGAGCUGCUAGUGCUGGAGCAAUUCCUGAGCGUGCUCCCGGGGGAGAUCCAAGCGCGGGUGCGCGAGCAGCAGCCGGAGAGCGGUGAGGAGGCCGUGGUCCUCGUGGAAGGGCUGCAGCGGGAGCCCAGGAGACAGAGGCAGAGGGACUCAGAGGUGCCUUCUUACGAUGAGGUGCCCCUUGGGACAGGGGGACAGGCCUUGAGACGCCAGGUGGAGGCUCAGCCAGAGGAGCCAUCCCUGGAGGAAGAGCCUCAAUGCCCCAGCCAGCAGCCCUCAACUCACCUGAGCCACAGACCCCCGCUGUGGCCAAAGAGGGGCCCACCAGCCUCCUGGGACCAGGAACCAGCGACGUCGUCAUCUUUCCUUUCCACCUGGUCCCAGGCACCGGUGACCUUGGAGGACGUGGCUGUGUACCUGUCAGCGGAGGAACGGGGAUGCCUGGACCCAGCUCAGCAGGACCUCAGCUGGGAUGGGCCGCCGGAGCAAGAGGGACUUGGGGUCCAGUUGGAGGAUGGUGGCACCACCAGGGAGGAUGCGCCUGUGAGAGCAGAGUGGUACCGAGUGCUGUCGACAGGGUGCCGGGGGCCAGGCUGCCCACUCCCGGGUCAGGGGCUGACCCCGGUCAGGGGCUUGGCCAGGCCUGAGCGGCCAAGAGGCUGCCCUCCUCCAGAAAGAGGGGGUACCCGGGGGGCUGACAGGCCGUACACAUGCCCCGAAUGUGGCAAAGGCUUCAGCAAAACGUCACACCUGACCAAGCACCAGCGCACACACACUGGGGAGCGGCCCUACAAGUGCCAGGUCUGCGGGAAGGGCUUCAGCGACCGGUCCAACUUCAGCACGCACCAGCGGGUGCACACGGGUGAGAAGCCCUACCCAUGCCCCGAGUGCGGGAAGCGCUUCAGCCAGAGUUCCAGCCUGGUCAUCCACCGCAGGACGCACAGCGGAGAGCGGCCCUACGCCUGCACCCAGUGUGGGAAGCGCUUCAACAACAGCUCCCACUUCAGCGCCCACCGGCGGACACACACAGGCGAGAAGCCCUACACCUGCCUGGCCUGCGGCAGGGGCUUCCGCCGGGGCACCAACCUCCACAAGCACCAGCGCACCCAUGCCGGGCAGAGCUGCCCGCUGCGCCAGCCAGCAGCACCCUCAAGGCCCCAGAAGGUCCUGGGACCAGAACCUGACCACCCCGCACGAAACUCUGUUUCUGGGACCCUUGUCAGAGGUUCCAGGUUACAGUGUUCAUGA